AUGGGACAUGUAAAUAAACUGACCAUACUGGUCAUUGUUUUGGCCAGUUUACUUGUGGUAUUUGGAAUUGUGGUAAUGGUUUCAGGGAUUUUGGAACAACGUGAAUUCAUUUCGGAUAAAAUCAAGCCUGCGUUUGACUCAUUUCCUACAAAAACCUUUAUACAUUUGAUGCACACUAAGGGAGCCAUGGUUAUUGGUUUCGGAAGUUUCACUCUAGUUUGUGGUUUGCUUUUAUCAUGUGCCGUAGGAUGCCGUAACGACAGGGUGAUGUAUACGUUUGUAGUUCUGUGUGGUCUAUUGGCUCUAUUGACCCUGGGAUACAUUGCAGUGCUGUAUCUGUUGCAGAUGAACCUAAAGAAAGAAAUAUUAAAAACAUUAAGUAAGAAUUAUAAAGACGACAACCUCAAAGGUGUGGCCUCCAACGUGUCCAAUGCAUGGAAUAAUAUUUUUCUGUCCUGGGACUGUUGUGGUGUGAACCCUGUGGUAGGAUUGAAAAAUGAUUUUGGAAGCACUUCGUGGUGCUCUGAAAUGAAUAACUGUCGACAAAAUUCCUCUCCUAUCCCUAAGACCUGUUGCAAUCACGUAACAGCAAAAAACUAUACACGUGCUCCUCCAAGUUGUUACAGAUCAGUCACGAAAGGAUUUAAUAAGAAGGUGAAGGUGUGUUACGAAGUGUUUCAAGAGAAGUACCAGGAGCAUUUUCAGGAGGCCGUUUUGAUGGCGAUCAUGAUUCCUGGCAUACUUCUUGAGCUUGCUGCUCAGAAGAAAAGGGAUAAAAAGUCAGCUCUAUUGACAGCUGCUGAAGAUUAA